AUGUAUCGUGGCGAGCUUGCACCUGGUCACCCAGCCUUCCCAGCCGGGUCCGAGGCCGCAUGUAUCGAGGCCGAUGCACCGCUCUCCAACGUGAAGGACCUCAAGUACUCGCCUGAGGAUGAUGCGGCCAUCGAGAAUAAAUCAGCCAGCUGGCUUGCAUUCAUGCACGGCAGCCCGCCAAGGCCGACGAGAGCAGCCCGACUAGCGCUGGACGCCGUCUCUCCCUCCGGCCGCACAACGCAUGGGGCCGAGUGCCGCUAUGGAGGGCCGGACCGCCAGAGUGAGCCUCUCGACUCAAGUACCUGA